AUGGAAAAGCUCACUUCAUACAUAACAAAUAUAUGUGAUAGAAAAAAAAAAUAAUUUCUAGAAAGAAUAAUUAAGAAAGGCAAAUAUAAAUAAAUAUAAGGAAAUCAAGUGAUAACUUAAAAUAUUUUACUAUAUUUCAUAAUUAUCUUAGCUAUAAAACAAGAAAACAAAUAAAGAUAUUCAUUUAACUUAGCAAAAAAUAAUUUUGGUAAUAAUACAUAAGCACCGUUCCGCUUGUGCAUUAUCCUAAGAUUAAUUAAAGGGAAUAGAUAAGUGGGGGGAAAUGAAAAAAUUGGCAUGUUUCGUCGAGUGAGUGUGUAGUGA